AUGGAGAGAGAAGAUAAUUUAACCAGGCAGGCUGAUGAGGUGGAAGCAUUGGCAGCAAUUUAUGCAGAUGAAUGGUGUGUUGUGGAUGCAGUCUCACAUGUUUACUGUAUCCAGGUAACAGAUGGCCAGGUGAAACCAAAGUGGAAAAUUUGUUUACAGGUACACAUGCCAGAAGAAUAUCCAACUACAGCACCUCCCCAAUACCAACUCACCUGUCCAUGGCUGAGAGGAGACGAGAGGAGCCAACUGGAGGCUAAACUUGAUGAAAUUUACAUAGAGAACCUUGGAGAAAAUAUUAUCUAUCAGUGGGUAGAAGAGAUUAGAAAUCUGCUUGUGCAAAAAGCAGAUGAGGACAAUCAAGAUGCAGCAGAAGUUGAAAAUCGGUUUAAAAAUGUAACAAUGGAACUGAUGGAUGAUAUUGAUGAUUCUGAUUAUGAUGAUUCUGAUGAAGACUUCCUUCUACCAGAAAUUUAUUCAAGACAUCCAGAUGAAGUUUUGGAUCCUGAACCAAAAAAAAAUGAAGACUAUGACAGUCCACCUAUCACACAUGGUGAACCAUUUACUGAAAGAAGAAGUACAUUCCAGGCACAUCUGGCACCAAUCACCCACAAAUGUCAGGUGAAAAUGGUUCUGGACAAAUUGUUUGAGAACAGGAAAAUAGUAAAUGCAACUCAUAAUAUAUUUGCCUACAGGAUUAUCCCAAAUGGUUGUUCUGUGGUUAUUCAAGGCUGUGAAGAUGAUGGAGAAACUCAUGCUGGAUCUCGUCUACUCCACCUUUUGAAAAUAAUUGAUGCCGCCAAUGUGAUGGUGGUGGUAUCACGUUGGUUUGGUGGUAUCUUGCUUGGACCUGAUCGUUUCAAGCACAUAAACAAUGCUGCCCGACAACUCUGUGAUCAGUGUGGCUACAUCAAAGUAAAAACUGAUGACAAACACGGAAGAAAAAACAAAAAAUAG